GGCUGUUGUCAAAGCCGCCCAGUCGCCAGUCCACGUCCGAGGCUCGCAGUGCUCGCACGUGACGCAUUGAUUUUCCCUUGCCGGAUCAAUACGCGAUGCCCGCCACCGACUGAAUUCCUCCGUGUCUGCGCAUUGUUUUCGUUAACCUCGACACUGUGGCGGCGGUGGCGUUCGAGUGGAUGUGUGUCGGGAUGGACUAAUUUUUUUUUGAGUUUUUGACUUGGAGCUGACAUGAAACUGAUCCCGGUGAAUUACUUCGGCUUCACGGCCAUGGACAGGCGCUUCUCCAGCCCCAUGCUGCCCUGGAUCGUCUCGGAGAUCCGCAAGAGGGAGUACAGCGAGAAGCUGAGUCUGGGAAUCGAAGACGGAAUCCUGCAGGCCUACAAUCCCGACUUCGAGCUGCAAUUUUCGCACAAAAUAUGGCAAGUGACGCGAUUCUCCCAGGCCGACCAGGAUCCCACGACCUUCCUGUAUCUGAUGAGGGACGACAACGACACGCUCCUGUAUUGCUACCUCUUCCAGGCGAAGAAGAGCGCCGACGUGACCGACCUGUACAAACAAAUGAAGGACCAAAACCACCAAGCACCAACCCGCUCGGUGAGCAGCGCUGCCAACCUCACGUCCUUAUGCGUCGACAUAUCACCAAGUUCUAGUAAUUUUUUUGAGGUUUUAUACAUCGGCAAAAUCAAGGUAUGGCAGAAAAAAGUCCCCGACACCUUCAUCGACGACGCUUUGGAGAAGUUCAAGGCGCACGAGCUGGAGAAAACUCGGGCCAAGAUGCUGGGGAGCAUCGGGAGGCUGAAGAGCGAGGACAACAUGAGGAGGGGGUCCAUCGACUCCACGAGCUCGGGCGAGAGCGUCCACUGCCACCACCUACAGCGGUCCAUGUCGUCCAUCACCAAUCUGAGUGUGCGGCCCCAGGAGACCGACGAGGACAAGGAGAAGGCGCAGUCCAGCGACAACGAGUCCACUUCCAGCGGCAAGGACGUGUCCCACGCCGUCGAGAUGGACGAUCACAACCGCACCAUGGUGCUGCAGGUGGACCGCACCGACCUGCGCCUCAUCAGUCCGGACCGCAAGGUCAUUCUUUUGCACAAGCAGCACCGGGAUAUCGCCACGUGCGUCCAGGGAGUGGUGAAGGCGGAGCACUUCGGGUUCAUCUGUCGGGAGGGCACGACUGUGCAGAAUUUCGUGGGGUAUAUUUUUAAGUGCGAGUCGUCUUCCAUCGCAGGGGACGCAGUGGCAGCCAUCACCCAAGCCUUCGGCAGCGCCGAGUCCCGCCCCCGCCCCACCGUCACCUCGUGCGACCACUGCCCCAUGGUCUGGUUCCACCGCCUGUGCACCGAGGUGGAGCGCAUGUCCGACCGGAAAACCCAAGCCGCCAUCUUGCGCCGCCUGGAGGAACUGGACGUAGACGAGCAGAACAUCGUCCUCACCAAAUUCAAGGGGGCGGAAACCGACUCCGUGCGGGAACAAAACGAGUUCCUGAUGAUGCUCCUGAGGGCCCACUGCGAGAUGAAGCAGGGCCGCCACGUCCACGACACGGCGGAGAACCGGUCCGAGUUCCUGAAUCAGUACCUAGGGGGCGGCACCAUCUUCAUGAAGGCGAAGCGGUCUCUGACGAACUCCUUCGAGAUGCUGAAGCGGAAAGCGUCCAAGGACGACUUCGGCGCCACCUUGAGGGAGAUGAAUCUACCUAUAGCGUCUCUGAAUCGGGAGAACUCGCCACAUUCGCCGACGAUAGAGGUGUCGGAUAGGGAGUCGGAGGGGACGAGGUCCAGGUCGUCGACGAUUGGGUCCCAGAGCGACCUGAGGGACGUCCACCUCGCCGUCCACGACUACAACAAGAAUUCGGUCUCGCCGGAUAGGAGCGUGACCACGCCGGACAAAACCCCGAAGUCGCCUAUGAUGGAUAUAUUCUUAAAAGUAGGCAGCAGCCCCAAGUCGGUUCCUUCCGAAGACGGCUCGCCCAAACUCGACUCGGGUUCCUGGCGCCAAGCCAUCUUCAAACGGGUCAUCACCCCCAACAAGACCGAAAAACCCUCAGAAACCAAGAAACGAACCAACGAAGAGCUGCGCGAACUGUGGAAGAAGUCCAUCUGCCAGGCCAUCCUCCUCGUACGAAUGGAGAAAGAAAACGCCCGCCUUAAGGCCGAACAGGAGGAAUCGGCCGUCAAACGAAUCAAACUGGAGUACGACGAAAUGAAACCGUCGCAGAAGGACGUAGUGGAGGUCUGGGAGAUGCUCACCAACAAAGAAACGCGGUUGAAGCUGGAUAGUCAGAUGUUGUUGAACGCAAUCAGACAAGGUGUUCCAAGGGGCAAACGUGGUGAAGUGUGGCAAUUCCUCGCCGAACAGUACAACAUGAAGUACGCCCCUAUCAACACCGCCAACUUCCCUAAUUACAACGCUCCUUAUGAUAAACUACUGAAACAGCUCACGUCGCACCAGCACGCCAUUUUGAUUGACUUAGGGCGGACUUUUCCCAAUCACUCGUAUUUUAGUAGUCCGUUGGGGCCCGGUCAGCUCGCCCUGUUCAACCUACUUAAAGCCUAUUCGCUCCUGGACUCGGAGAUGGGCUACUGCCAAGGUUUGAGCUUCGUCGCUGGGGUCCUCCUCUUACACAUGGAAGAAUCGCAAGCCUUCUUGCUACUCAAGCACCUGAUGUUUAGACGGGACAUGCGCUUGCAGUAUUUGCCCGACAUGGUGGGUUUGCAAGUCAAACUAUACCAACUGUCGCGCCUCCUCCACGACCAACUCCCCGAUCUCUACAACCACUUCGACCUGUACGAGGUGGCACCCACUUUAUACGCAGCCCCGUGGCUACUGACCAUCUUCGCCUCCCAGUUCCCGCUAGGCUUCGUCACGAGGGUCUUCGAUUUGAUCUUCCUCGAAAGCCCCGACGUGAUUUUCCGAGUGGCCAUAGCUCUUUUAACCUUCCACAAAGACAAGCUUCUAGCCUGUGACAGUUUUGAAGAAAUUAUGAACUACUUAAAGAACACACUACCAGCGAUUGACAAGCCCACCCUUGACAAGAUUAUGAAGCAAGUAUACAACAGUGAAAUUAGCAAGCAGCUCAACGAGUACAAAGUCGAGUACCAAGUUCUCCAAGAAGAAAUGACUUCCGUCCAACCACAAGUAGAAGCCUUGCAUAAACUAGAAUCUCAGAAUAAGACUUUAACCGAGCAGAAUAAAGCCUUGAUGGGUCAGUUGGAGAUGGCGCUAGGCAACGUCCAACGACUGGAAAAAACCCGGACCUUACAACAAUCACAACUCAAUAAGCUCGAGAUGCAAAGUCGGACUUUGGACGUCACUAUAGCCACACUGGGUACCUUCAUCAACUCUCUAGUUGAACGAAAAGUGGAAGUUGAGAUUCCAGACGACAUCCGACGGAUUCUCAACCAAAUCACUAUUUCCGAGCGUCGCAAAAGCGAGCUCAAGCCUCAGAACAACCUCAUGAAGAUGUUCCAAAAGGAGGUCAACCCGGAUAAGAUCAUGGUGAAGAGUUUGAGUACCGGGAAGAUCAUCCUCCCGGCGCACCUCGACCAGAACAUGCUGAGAUCCAACAGUUUGAACACCCAGACGUGCAAAGACGACUUGAAUACCAAGAAUAGCGACAAGUCCCAGAAAGUGUCCCACUUCUUCUCGAGUUCGCACAACCAUAUCCUGCAGCAGAAGUUUCACCCGAAUAACGCCAAGAUUGAUAUUAAGGUCCAGGAGUUCGAGAAGGACCAGAAUGAGAAGAACGCCAACGAGAAGAGUAUAAGUUUGCCGAUUCCGCUGAGUGAGAGCUACCACGAGAAGGUGUCGCCGUGUAACUCGGUCGACAGUGGGGUUGGAACACCCUCUAGUCCCAAAAGCACCGAACACCACCCCUUGAGUAAUUGUGAUGUUAAUUUUACUUUCAACGGCACCAGGGAAUUGAAGAAUAUCAAGAGUAUUAGGAACAUGUCGAGGAAUUCUAGUCCUGAUAUUAUAGGCAAAUGAUUGCGUGUGAUAUUAAUUCUUAAUGUUGUAUAAGUUUUAUUUUGUAAAGUUAGGUUUUAUUAUAGGGAUUAUUUUACUGGAAACGCGACUUUAUUUCAUUUAGCGUCGGUCGUACUUCUCGAGUACUUAUGCGUUGGUAUUAAAGCUAUUUUCGACUGUGUAUUCUAUUCUUAUCAUCACUUGUGAUUUGUGAAAUUUAUAGUAUUUAAUAAUAAAGUAGUUGUUUCUA